UCUGCCUGCCUGGCUAGGGUCCUGGAGAACUUUCUGGAGCUCAUCCAGCAACCAUCAUGCAAGGUGGUGCUGGGGACGGUCCUCUUAAUCGGAGGUGGAAGCCUCAUGCUGUGGCUUCGGAAGAGGAGUAGGAGGAGGAAGAUAGCCUCUGUGUCUCCACAAGAGGAGCAUGAGCCACAAGAAUGCCACAAAGCGCAGAAUGAGAACUGGAUCAAAUCUCACUUUAGCCGCCUUUCCAACGAGAAGCUGGUCCCUGGCAGCGCCCCGGCCCCCGGCAGCGCCCCCGCCCCCCAGCCUGAGACUGUCAACCGAGAGGCCGGCACCGCGGUUCACAUGGAGAACCCCGCCUCAAGGGAGCCCUUCGCCAACAAGCAGAAGGUGCCUGCGUACUCAGUGGUCAGAGAGACCCACAAGGAGUCCUCAUCCACAGACGAGGCCACGUGGGCCGCCGUGGCUGCUAGUACUAAGGAGCUUGACACCAAGGGCCGCCAGCUGGCCAACUCCAUGUUGCAGCGGGCCAUGGUGUACCGGAACUCAGGCCACCUGGAGUCCAAGGACCUCAACCAAGAGGAGCUGAAGGCCCUCCAGGAGGUGGAGAUAAAGCUGAAGAGCAAUUUCCUCGCGCAGCGGGAAACCACUGUCGCUGGUAUGAACCACACACACACCUUCCAUGGCCAUGGUCACCAUGGCCACCAGGAUCAUCCAAGCCACCCAAACCACCACCAGAGCCACAGCCUGCCCAACCGCAGCCAUCAGACCUAUCAGCCCUUCGAAGCCAUCUAACCACGGAUGGAGAAGCCCCUUCCCCCAACAGGGCUGGCUUACAAUCACAGGCCUGUUUUCUCUCCCGUGGGACAGCCUUUGUGGCCCAGAGUGAGAUGCGGUCAUCCCAACCCCUUCUUCCUCAGGUGGACCCCUUCAACUUCAUGAGUGGAAUCUGCGACAGAGGAUGGGCCCUAAUGGAGGAAGACCUUGGAGGGAGCAAAGCAGCUGAAACAGACUCACAGGUUCCUGUAGACCCACUGAGAGAAGACAGAUGAGGCAGAUCCCAGGAGCAGCUGAGAGCCACACUGAUGCCACAUGCCUGAGCCAAUAAAGCCUUGCACCCCCUCACUCUGAGUCUGGGGGCUCUGUAGCCAGCCUCAGGGCUGGGCAGGAAUGGGGGGGUCCUUCUCCCACACCCCUUUUUGGUGUGGGCCUUGACCUGGGGCCUUUUUGCUGAGCUGAUGUGAGACACCAUAAACGGCUUCCCAGGUCUCAGGUUCUGGGGACGGGAUAUCUCCAAGAGGCUUCCUACCCACCAACCUGCUGUUGUCAGGGAAAGAGGAAGCAGCCAAGAAUCGGGGGGAAGGAGGUGAGAUAGACUUCUGGAAGCAAGUAAGUAAGCUGUAGCCCCUGCCUCUUGGUGCCAUCCUCCGCCGGUCUAUGGCCUCUCCAGUCCCGUGGCAGCCCUGCUGCAGUCCUCCCUGCCCGCCUGCUCCCUGCACCCACAGGGAUCCAUGUAGUGCCCACCCCCCACCCCCCAACACACCCUUAGAGCUACUGUGCUGUAUAUUCUCUCUCCUUGUUUACAUUAGCGUUGCCGGGGCUGGGGUUGCUGCUGCUGCUAGUACUACUACCACCAACAGCUCUCUCUUUCUCAGGUUUCGUUUGCUUGUUUUCAGUGUAUGCCACGUUCUGGGUUGUUAAUGGCACAGACCCACGAGAAAGAGAUUACAUUCUCUCCAUUUUGCAGAUGAGCACUGAGGCUCAGAGGUGUGAUUCGCCUGAGAUGACUGAGACUGUGAUGUCACUGGGGUUAGAGCCCUGCUUCAGCUAACCCUGAAG